CUGCGAAGCACUGCUUUUGUUGAGCGUCCAAUUGUUUGCCGAGGAAUUCUUUUUUUUUAAAUUUCCUACGGCCUAUUAUCGGGUGAAUAACAAACCGGAAUUUUAUAACAUGUCUUUUAACUGACAAAGCUCGUAUUAAAUAGUAUUACAUUACAAAACAGUGGACGGUUAGUGAUGGUGUUUGUGUAAUUAUUUCAUUUAAUCGGGAAAUGUUUGCUGAAUUAAAUACUUUAUCGGGUAAGUGAGGUGAAUGCAAAGAUUAACCGGUUUUGAUGAAACUGUGGUGGUGUGGUAAAACAAUGGCAUGGUCGAUAUCGUAGUUUAAAAACGCAUGCAAAAAUGAUAAAAAACCAAAUAUAGCGGGAUGCAGACGAUACGCAUUGAGGUAACAGUGACGAAUAAUGGAAUACAAAUACAAAGCAAAAACAUUCCGUGUUUUUUAAACUAAGUGUGAAAUGUCUGAAAAACUUUUCCGCGCAAGAACUGUCAAAAUGACAUAAAUAGUGAGUGAAUGGAAUGUUCGGUUCGGAAACAGCAUGGUGACUCUGAUGCCGUGUGGCUACCUCGGCGGCGCUUCACCGCGCUGCAACUUGGACCACGAGCCUAAGGCAAAGCGAUCCAGACCCGAUUCGGGCACUGACGUACGGUUGUCAGGUGAAGUCAAUACAAGUCCAUGCGAAUCGGAAUCGACGUCUGACUCCCCGCCAUCACUGCUACAGGAUGCAACGUUACCAGCGCUUCUAGUGUCAGGAGCUACCACACUAUUUCAAAACACGACGACAUCGACUAAUAAUCCUUUAAGUUUGAACUCAGUGGACGGCUUAAGCUUACCGAAUAGUUCAGAAGUGGAGAGUUGCAACUUGGCUAACGGAUGCGCAACGAGCUCGUCGCUAGCCGGUCUGGCUCUACCUUUGACUUCGACUGGUGGAUUGUGUUCAACGACAUCGUCGUCCGCUGUCGCCUGGUUGAUGAAUGAGGAUAGCACGGGGGGUGGUGUCAAGAGCGAGGUGCGCAGCCCCGGGCUGUGCGAAGCAGACGUGGCGUUGUACGGUGAAUCGCUUCCGUACGACCAAUCCACGCUGCCUUACCAGUAUUAUAAUAGUAUGCAGCAAUAUGGAGCCGGCGGAACGGCUUCGUCAUACGUCGGUUCAACAUUGUACAAUCAACCAUACGCGGCCUACCCGGCACCGCACAACACUAAUAAUAGAUCAUCAUGUAAAGCUACACCGACGUAUUUGAGCUAUGGUGUCGGCAGCGUUGGCUCAGUACCCGGUAACUUCGCGACUCAACCAUCACCGUACUAUCCAUCCUACAACGGUGGCCUGACGCAAUCAUUUACAAAUACACAACAGGAUUACAGUAGUUACGCAACAGGUUACGCCGAUCACAGCGUCGCCCAAUAUGGCGGGUACUACGCCACCCCAAGCUACUCACCCUAUGUUAGUUCCCCUAGCAGCAGUGGUAGUGCUGGGCAUACAUCAUAUCAUCUUGGAGGGACUUUGUCAGAAUCUCCAUCAUCUAUGCUGCCAACUCUAAAUGAUACCCCGCUGUCUCCAAUUAAGAAUGAGGUGCAUCCAGCCAGUCGAAGAUGCAGAGAAAACUCUGGUGAAAGCACGGCAAGCAGAUCACGGGGUCGUGGCCGUCGUAACACAUCAUCAUCACCAGCACAACAUGUCCCAGAACCUACAACAGAGAGAGUGUUUAUAUGGGAUUUGGAUGAAACGAUUAUAAUUUUCCACUCACUUCUCACGGGCACAUACGCAACUAAGUACAAUAAGGAUACACAGCAAAUAGUGCAAUUAGGCUUCAGAAUGGAAGAGAUGAUAUUUAGCUUGGCUGAUACACAUUUCUUUUUUAAUGAUGUUGAGGAUUGUGACCAGGAGCACAUAGAUGCAGUGGCGGCAGAUGAUAACGGUCAAGACCUGUCCGCGUACAACUUCGCCUCGGACGGAUUUCACGCGAGCGCCGCACCUAACACCGGCUUAUGCGCUCCUGGUGUCCGCGGCGGCGUCGAUUGGAUGAGAAAGCUGGCUUUCCGAUACCGAAAGAUAAAGGACACUUAUAAUAAUUACAGAAAUAGUGUGGGGGGUCUAUUAGGUCCCGCGAAGAGAGAACAAUGGUUACAGUUAAGAGCGGAGUUGGAACAAGCAACGGACAACUGGCUCACACUUGCCUGCAAGUGCCUCAACAUGAUUAACUCAAGAGAAAACUGCGUGAACGUACUAGUGACGACGACACAACUAGUUCCAGCACUUGCCAAAGUUCUUCUGUUUGGUCUUGGAGGCGUAUUUCCUAUUGAAAAUAUAUAUUCCGCUACAAAAACAGGAAAAGAAACAUGCUUUGAAAAAAUUAAACAACGGUUUGGGGAGAGGUGCACAUACGUUGUCAUUGGGGACGGUCAAGAUGAGGAAGCGGCAGCGAAAGCUAAGAACUACCCCUUCUGGAGGAUAUCCGGUCACUCGGACAUCGCUGCUCUGUACAACGCGCUCGACAUGGGCUUCUUAUGAUUUGCUGCUGUCCUGGUACUCGUUCUGCGUUAUGACUACGACAUAGAUAAAGUUUUUUGUUCUGUGAAUGCAGCAACUUAACAAAUUGAAUGCACACUGCCGGGAGCCAAACUUCUUACAUGUCACUGCUGUCCUGGUACACGUGUUGUCGAUAUUCGGUAUUUAUCCUAAUAAUUAAUUAUUAAUUCCUAUUGUAAUUUGCCUAAUUUAAUUAUUUAUUUAUCACUGAUUUGAGCUUUUCUUUUCUUUUAAUUACUUUAUUAUCUAAACCUUUGGUAUUAAAAUUUGAUCGGGUUAUUUUUACAUUAUUAAAUUAUUGAAUAAUAUAUUUUUUAACAAUUCAUCAAUUAAAUGCCAUAUUCGAAGACAUUAUAAUUUAAAUUUCGAAUUCAUUGAAUAAAAUUUUACCUGUUUUUUAAUAUAGUAACUCCUUUCUUCUUCUGAAUGCUUAGUACUAUUAUUCCCUUGGUUAUUUUUAAUUCUUUAAAAAAAAAAGAAAUAAAAAAAAAUCUUUAAAAGACAACUUUAUGCAUCGCUUUUAACAGUUAUUAUUAUUAUCAAUCCCGUAUACAUCUGUAACUUAAUACAAAAUCAUAUCAAUACUUGCUUAGACAUAAUGGCUCACAUUUAAGUACACUUUUGUAUUAAAUGUAAAUUGAGAGCUCUAUUCAAUAAAUCAUUUUCAACAGUAACAUUAAUGUUUUAGUUUUAAAGCUCAAAGUCAGCUCAAAACUUGCGAGAAAUUUCUUUUAGAUUUCUUUUGUAAAUAUUUAUCAAUUGUAUGUAGAAAAAAAAUAUUAAUUAGAUUUAUUCUAAUUCCAUUCCUACUACGUAAGUUUUUAUAUAUACUAUACAAUGUACAGAUAAUUAAUAUUUUUAGUAAAAACUUUUUAGAGGAAUGUUUAUUAUAUCAAAAUAACAUUUUGGGGCAUUUUAUUUUUAUUUUUUCCAUAUUGUUACGUUGUAUCGUUAAUAAAUUGAUUUGAUCAAUUCUAUACAUUUGCUGUAAUUAUAAUUUUCUGUUUUAAAUAACUUUAUAAUUCAAUAUUAGUGAUAAUUUUCUUAUCACGAUUAUAAACUGUAUUUAUGUUCCGUUUAUAUCAGACGAUGUGAACGAAAAUAUUACUUUAGUAAAAUAACUGUCUGUAUAGUCGUGUUAUGACAAUAUACUUACGAAAAUGUACUAAAAUUAAUGCAACUGCAACUACACGCGGUACAUAUGACAAAUGAUAAGCAUUUUAGUGUAUGAAACAUUUGACUAAAUUGUUUUCACGUAAAUUCGACCAUGAAAUUUUACUUAUAUAGUAAAGAAGUUUAAUUUUAAUUUUCUUUUAUAAUAUACAAGACGAGCACGAUAUGUUUUGUAAACUUUAUUAUAUUAAACAUUAACGAAAUCCGACAACGAAAAAUAAAUACAGAAUAUGUACAACAGAAUGUAACGUUAUUAAAGUCCUUAAAUAAGUUUUCGUUGCUAAAAAAUUUAUAUUUAUAAUUAGCCAUUACUGCCAAAUAGCUAUCAAUAUACUGCAAUAUUUUUAGAUGAUUUUAUUUUACUGCGCUAAAUCUUAAAUAAUAGUGCUUUUUGAUACUUUCUUUACGAUAUCAGUUUUAGAUUUUAUGUACAAUUUAAUGUUAUAACGAAAUAAUAUAGCCAUUAUGAUAAUGAACUUUCAUCGCUAAAAAUAAUUUUCGAGCUGAAACCAGAUGUGUACAAAAUAUAAUUUCUAACAACGAAAUUUAAAUGGCUUAAAUAGUUAGAUGUAAACGCAGUCUGAUCGCGUCGCACAUGUUUUUAAAUUCAACGAACAUGUCUUUCUACAUGUACAUGUAUGUAGACAUGUAGUUUUUAACUGUGUCUUGGAGACGAGCGUUUUGUGGAAAUUAGCAAUACAUUAUAUAUAUAUAAAAUUAAUUAAUUGGAAAUUGUAAAUACAGAGUAAUGUUUUAGAUGUAAAAGAUAAUAGCUUAUACGCUAGUGAUAUGAAAUUUAAUUCGAAAGUUACGAUUAAUCGAAGUGUAAAUAAAAAUAUAUUAUUUGAUGAUUA